AUGGUCCAGAGUUACCAAGAUGCUAUGGCCAUUUGUCGCUCUUUAGGGCACCCUGACUUGUUUGUAACAUUUACAACAGCAAACCCUCAACGGCCUGAAGUAACUGCAGCUUUGUCUGGUACACCAUGGCUAAAACCAAUUGAUAGGCCUGACAUUGUUGCAAGAGUAUUUAAGUUACCGUUGAAGGAAUUAUUAAAUGAUAUUAAAGCAAAGAAGAUUUUUGGAAAUGUUGUGGCAGCAUGUUGGAGGAUAUUUGAAUUCCAUUUGCAGUAUAAAAACCCUCCUGUUGAACGGUUACAGUGUCAUUUGGAGAACCAACAAACUAUUGUAUUUAGUGAUAUGGAUAGCAUAUACUAUGUUCUUGCACGACCAAGCGCUAAAAGAACAGUGUUGAUAGCAUGGUUUGAAGCAAAUGAGCUAUACCUUGAUGCAAGAGAGUUGACAUAUGUAGAAUUCCCAAAGAGUUUCUAUGAUCUCAAGACAAUCAAUGGCACUCACUACGAUACAUACAAAACUGCAUGCAUGGCAUUGGGAUUACUUGAAGAUGAUAACGAAUGGAAUCAUGCAUUGAUGGAAGCAUCUAUUUGGGCAACAGGCCAGAAAAUGCAUGAUAUUUUUGCAUCCAUAUUAUUAUUCAAUGAGGUUGCAAACCCCCAUGAUUUUUGGCAAAAGCAUUGGACCUUCAUGUUAGCGUUUGAUAAAAUCACCAAAGCUGUUGAUACCAAAGAAGAUGCUUUUUUCUUUGUUCAUGGAAGCGGUGGAACAGCACUAACUUCAAAGUUAAGAUCCACUAGCAAGAUUGUACUUUUAGUGGCAACAUCAGGUAUUGCAUCUUUACUAUUGCCAGGAGGACGAACUGCACACUCAAGAUUCAAAAUUCCAAUUGACCUUCAUGAAAGCUCAAUUUGCUCUAUUAGUCACCGCUUAGCACUAGUUGAGCUACUGCAAGCCACAGAUUUGAUAAAACAGUUGACAUUUGAGGCCUUCGAUCGUACAAUGAAAGAUUUGAUGAAAAGCUCAACUUUAGAUGCAACUAACAAGCCAUUUGGUGGUAAAACAGUUGUUCUAGGUGACGAUUUUCGGCAAAUUUUGCCUAUGAUGAUUCUUAAGGGAUCUCGUGAAAAUGUCAUUUUUGCAUCAUUGCAAAGAUCACAUUUAUGGUCCCGAAAUGUUGGAAAUGGAAAUAUAACUGGAGUUCAAAUUGAUGAGUUUAGAGAAGCAAACUCGGUACCGUUCCCUCCUGAUCUCUUGGUGGCUGAUGAGGGUCGUGGUGUUCGGCCAUUAGUUGAAAGAAUAUUCCCAAACAUAGUCGAAAUGAUUGGGAAUCAGUCGUAUUUAUGUGAACGAGCAAUAUUGGCACCGACAAAUGAUGAAGUUGAUGAUAUAAAUGCACACAAUAUUUCUCUUUUGCCUGGGGAUAUUCAAACAUACUUAAGUAUUUGA